AAAGAAGGAAAAAAAGGUAAUAAUAAAAAAAAACUUCAAGCGAACACAGGAGAAAACCCUAACUUCAACGGGAACCCACCCAAUCCACCACAGAUCGAUCUCAAAAGAGCACAAAAACAAAAUAGCAAAAAGGUCCCAAAAUCAGAUUCUCUUAUAAGAUUCCAGGUUUCGGCUUUUAGAAUGUAAAUGUGCUAAAGAAAGUUUAUUACGUUACCUCCAUCCCCCACCCAACAGUAAUGUCAAGCGACAGGCGAGAAGGUCAACAAGAGACGACGACAACUGUGGACGGUAAUAACGGAUCCAAUUCUCACCAGACGGCUUCUGCUAUUACGACGGUUUCGUGCCGUAGACUGAGGAUGAACCCUAACAACGAGCUAAGGCCGGACAAUUACGAGGAUCUGAAGCUCGAUUUCCCUAAUCCUGUUUACAAGAAUCUGGAGAAGUACUUGCCUCCGGACUUGCUUGUCUCCGACAGGGAAGAGAAAGUGAGGUUCAUGACUGACAUUAUGCACAGCCAUUGCCCUAGUGCAGAGCGUUCCAGGGCUCAGAGGCACAGUGACUAUAGGAGUAAGAUAGUAUCAAACUAUCAGCCACUUCACAGGGAGCUGUAUAAUCUGUUUCCCAGAUUAUGUUUCGUUCCCUCUUUCCUAAAGUCGGUUAAUGACAAUACAGAGGAUAGCUUCAGAAGCAUCAUAUCUGAACCGUCUCCUGGUGUUUUUGUCUUUGACAUGCUCCUCCCUAGCUUCUGCGAGAUGAUGCUUGCCGAGGUAGACAAUUUUGAGAAGUGGGUGGCUGAGACAAAAUUCCGAAUCAUGAGGCCGAACACCAUGAAUAAAUACGGCGCUGUGCUUGAUGACUUUGGCCUCGAUAACAUGCUUGACAAACUCAUGGAUUCUUUUAUACGUCCCAUUUCCAAAGUGUUCUUCAAUGAUGUUGGUGGAGCAAGUCUGGAUUCUCACCAUGGGUUUGUUGUUGAGUAUGGUGAAGAUAGGGAUGUUGAUUUAGGCUUUCAUGUGGAUGAUUCAGAAGUAACUCUGAAUGUUUGUUUGGGUAGCCAAUUCGUGGGAGGGGAGUUGUUUUUCCGAGGCACACGGUGUGAGAAACAUGUUAACACAGCGACUAAGUCAGAUGAGAUAUUUGAUUAUUGUCAUGUACCGGGGCAAGCUGUACUUCACCGUGGCCGCCACCGCCAUGGUGCAAGAGCCACAACAUCUGGACACAGGGUCAACAUGGUUCUGUGGUGCAGAAGCUCUGCGUUUAGAGAGCUUAAACGACUUCAGAGGGACUUCUCGAGCUGGUGCGGAGAGUGUUCUUGUGAAAGGAAAGAGGAGAGAGCACGGACGUUUGAUGCUAUAAGAAAGAAAUAUGUUAAAGCAGUGCGUGCACCCCAGGCUUGAAGAAACAAACUAGUAAGAUAAUAAUCAGAAGCUUAUAUUGGAUGACUUUAGAACUUGAGAUCAAGCCUUGUUAGAAUUGCUCUUGUUUUAUGGUGACUUAAAACUUGAGCCUAUGUAGAAAUCAUUUUAAGGUAAAUGGCUUUCGGUUUUAUCUUUCAUCAACUCUUUGAUAACUAUGUACAUGAAAUCUAGUUUCAACUUCAAAUUUACCAUAUGGAGUUGUAUUGUUAUCUGAUACUUUUUUUUAGUUUUUAGUAUAAGGAACCUUUUAAAGAAUUUAUGUUCUCUAA